AUGGAUACUCCUUCCAAGCCACCUGAGAAAAAAAGAAAGAUCUCAACACCCAAAGGCACUCCAUCUUUUGAUUCCCACCGCUUCCUUUUAGAAGAGCACCAGCAAUGGUAUGGAGUAGUCGAUAACCGGAAUUUAUUGCCGGAAAGAAAGGUUGUUCUACAAACAGGCGAACACGAAGAGUUUCAACAAGAGUUUCGGAGGCGAAAAUGGAUCAAAUUGGCCAAAUACGCCGCCCCUGCAAACGUAGCCAUUGUCAAAGAAUUCUAUACCAAUGCAAUGCUGUUCAAAGCAGGAGUUCCAACCUUCAAAAGCUUUGUGAGAGGGAAAGAGAUUUCCUUUAGUGGCCGAGCCAUUAACCGUUUUCUGGGUACCGAACUAAAUUUGGGUCCAUUAGAGUGUGAAUAUGUUGAAUGGUGUAAUAAGAAAAAGAACUACUUCAAAGUGGUUGAAAAACUGUGUAAGCCCGGGGCAGACUAUGUAACUAGUUCAUCUGGCCACAAGCGGAGAAUUUUGAGAGGCGAUUUGCUUCCCUUAGCGCAGAUGUGGAUGUCUUUUCUGCAUUCGAACAUUGCUCCUUGCUCUCACACCUCAGAUAUCACUGAGAGGAGAUCCCUAAUGAUAUAUGCUAUUAUGGCUGGAUUAUCCAUGGAUAUCGGAGCCAUCAUUGCUAAGGAGAUUCAUUUGACAGCAAACUCGGCCGGUACUGGCCAGCUGAGUCAUCCAUCUCUUAUCACUGAGCUUUGUCGCGAAGCAGGAGUUGAUGUCUCAGAGCCACCUUUCCAGAAACCUCGCCAGCCUAUUAAUGCCCAGUUCAUUCUGAAAAACUGUAUGGGAAGUGAAAACCGUCCUCCUUCAGUGAGAGUUGCACCUCCUGUAGUACCUGGUACCAUCACUCACCGGCUAGUGGAACUCAAGGCUGAUCAACAAUUGAUUCACCAGAAGUUGGAUGCCUUGUACCGUUCCCAGGUUUUGAUGAUGAGCAGCAUUCGGAGCCUCUCAUUUCACAUGCCUGGCAUUUCUCAGGACUCAUUUCACUUUCCAUCCGCAGAGGAGUUUCAUUCCCAUGUUGCAUGGCCGAAACAUCCUGAGAAACAAGAUGAUAUCGAGGGAGCGGGUGAGCACGCUGCUGAGGAGGAGGAGGAUGAGCUUGUUGAUGAGGAGGGGGUGAGGAUGCUGCUGAUGCUGAGGAAAAAGAGGAUGAGCAGCUUGGAGACUAGAUGA